AGCGAACCUUGGACUCACACUGUGCUGCUUUUUCCAGUCUUUAAAGCUUCAUGGCACGCUCAAAACCUAUGAAACACAAUGAUGCGCUCGAGACGCGGGAGAAUAGUGCGACUCAGCGAAAACCGCACAAGAACAACGGUUCCAAAGGCUCGAAGGCCAAGAACCAGGAUCUGCAGCUUGGUGUAGAAGAUGCCGAAUUGUUGAAGGAUAUCCAUAGUGAUGCAUCAUUGGAGACUGGGACCCAAGAAGUUGAUUCUGGAUUGGUUGAGGAUGUUUCUAGGUUCCUAAGCGACUUGAAAGUGGGCAAGGAAUCUAAAUUCAAGCCGGCAAACAAGAAGUCCAUCCCUAAGGCUACAGCUAGCCAGGAUUCGCUACCAAAGGGAUCGAAAAGGGAAGGCAAGAACGAAAAACCCACGAGGAAAGACGAGAAGCAGAAAGGCAAGGAUAAAACAAAAGAACAGUCCGAACUUUCUGCCUCUAAAGAACCUAAGCCGACUGCCCUUCCUUCAAGUCUUGCUAUCAGUUCAAAAAACAACUCGAAGCUUGUCUUUUCUCCUAGCCCUCACUGGUACUCUGCUGUUACUCCUCUGGCGGCUUCAAAAACGGCUCUACCAACCCCUUCGCCUGCUCAGCUUUCUUCACUUUCUGAUCGUGCUCGUAACCUCCUUCAAAAGGAUGCAGAGAUUUAUCAGGCUUCUGCUGCGUCAACUGGACAUAGCGCGUCUGACUCUCAUUUCCUCAACACGAUCCUUAUGCAGGGUACCUUAUCCGACAGGCUUAGUGCUCUUACCUUGCUUGUCCAAGCUAGCCCAGUACACAAUACUAAGGCUUUGGAAACGCUUCGGAAUAUGGCGGAGCGUGGGCGUGGAAAAGGUGGACGAGAGGAAGGUUUGAAGGCGAUGAGGUGUGUUGUAGAUUGGUGGAUAGGCGGUGGUGCACCGAGUAGGAAGCUGAGGUAUUUCCGUGACCAGUCAUCGCUGCUGCACCCUGACGUGACGGACCAGCACCUCGUCAUGUGGUAUUUCGAGGACUGGUUGAAGAAAUACUUCUUCCACAUCCUACAGAUACUAGAGACAUAUUCCUUGGAUCCGUUGCCAUACGUUCGUACUCAAGCUCUUGGUUUCAUAUCCACUCUCCUGCGAGACAAGCCAGAGCAAGAACAGAAUUUGCUACGGUUGCUUGUCAACAAACUCGGCGACACCGAGAAAUCAGUCUGCUCGCGCGCGUCAUAUCAUCUCUUACAACUUGUGCAAACCCAUCCUGCCAUGAAAGGUGUCAUCGUCCGGGAGAUUCGUUCCCUCAUUUUCCGACCGGCCGCGUCGACCUCUGCCCAGAUACAAAAUGCUGAAAAGGAAAAAGCUAAAACAGGGACCCACGUUCGUUUUGGCGACGAUGAACCCAACCAGUCCAAGGACAAGGGUAAAGGCAAGGACAAGGCUUCUAAAACCCCUACUAUGGAACGAUGGAACUCGCAUGCCUGGUACUACGCUUCUGUUACCUUGAACCAAAUCGUCCUCACGCCAAGCGAACACGACCGAGAUGUUGCUCGACUACUGAUCGAAGUGUACUUCGAGAUGUUCCGGGAGGUACUGGGUACCUCUGGAGAUGACAAGGACAUCGAUGACCUUGCGCUAACCGUUCCUGAGGACGAUCAAGUUGGGAAACAUUCACACGAGGGCAAGACUAAAUCGAAAGGAAAGGGGAAGGAAGUCCGUGGGGCGGCUGGGUUCGCAGAAGUCGAGGACGCCAAUUCGCGACUCGUCAGUGCGAUUCUGUCCGGUGUCAACCGUGCUCUACCCUUCGCGAAAGUCGAUGUCGGAGGUGGGAAUGACAUGUUCAAGAAACAUAUUGAUACUCUGUUCCUUAUCACUCAUACGUCCACGUUCAACAUCUCGCUCCAAGCUCUCAUGUUGAUCCUCCAAGUCAUCACCAGUCUAUCUUCCGACCCCUCAUCGUCAAAAUCAGGAGAGAAUUCGUAUGGGACUGCGCUCACUGACAGAUUCUACCGUACCUUGUACGCGUCACUCAUCGACCAACGUCUGUCCAAGUCCAACAAACAAGCCAUGUACCUGAACCUCCUUUUCAAAGCCCUGAAGGCGGACCAUAACCUCGAGCGGGUGAAGGCAUUCGUGAGGCGGUUUGUACAGGUGCUUGUAGUGGGUGUCGGAGGUGCAGGUGGUACUGAAUUCGUUGCUGGCGGGUUAUAUCUCCUCGGCGAGCUUUUCAGCACGGUCUCUGGACUGCGGGAUAUGCUCAAUGGUCUCGGGAAAGGAACGAAGGUCGCGGAGGGUGAGGCCUACGAUCCGCGCAAGCGUGAUCCUCAGUAUGCCCAUGCAUCUGCUUCCCCUCUUUACGAAUUGAUUCCAUUACUUCAUCAUUACCACCCUGCAAUCUCCUUGCAUGCCCGUCAACUCCUCUCUGGAGCCCCAAUCACCGCUUCCGCUGAUCUCUCACUCAACACCCUCUCUCACUUCCUGGACAAGUUCAUCUACAAGAACCCCAAGAAACCCAAAACUAAAGGCGCAAGCGCUAUGCAGCCUGGUGCUACCACACUUGAUGGUACCAGUGUGAAGCUCGCGAAGGGUGAGGCGGCGACAGGGAGGAGCGCGCCUGUGAAUGAGGAAGCGUGGUGGAAGAAGAGGACGGAGGACGUGCCUGUGGAUGAGAUAUUCUUUUACAAAUACUUCACGAGGAAACACGUGCAGGAGAACGAGAGAGUUGCGAAGGCGAAGAAGAGGAAAGGGAAGGAUGGGGAAGAUGAGGAGCAAGAUGUGAGUGAGGAUGAGGAUGAAGCGGUGAGUGAGGGUGAGGCGGAUAGUGAUAAGGAAGAAGCAGAGAUUUGGAAGGCAAGUAUCAUCAUUGACGUGUUGUUGUUCUUACACUUAUUGGUUCAUAUUUUCUUCUAGGCCAUGAAGUCAACGAUGCCCGCGGAACUCCAGGACGAUGACCUCAUGGAAGAUAGUGACGAACUGCCGUCUGACCUGGACGAGGACAGCGAUAUCGCGGAAGAUGAAGAGCAAGAUGUCUCGGGUGAAGCGUCAGAAAAGGAUGAAGAUCAGGACAAAGAUGGAGAACAAGAGGAUGACGCCCUAUCUCUUGUCGAAGCUUCGGACGCAGAGGACCUGCUUCCUCUCGACGCCGAUGUUCCUGAGGGUCUUAUUGAUUAUGACGGUUCCGACCAUGAAGAACCAGAGGCCGCUAAUGAGGAAGAAGAAUGGGGAGGUAUCGAUGGAACGAAGAAGCGUAAACGUGGGGAUGACGACAGCAAGAUUAAGAAGAAGAAACUGCGCUCGUUACCUACCUUUGCUAGCUACGAGGAUUACGCUAAGCUUAUCGAAGAUGGGCCGGAAGAUGACAUAUGAUGACGACGUGGGUACUUUUAUUGCGCUGAUAAUACAGUCGUUUUCUCCCCAAUCUAUGCUGCGUGUUUUACUCUUUGCUUUUCGGACUUUCUGAGACUUCAUCUACAAGGUAGCUCAUAUCUGUAAUUCCUGGGACUAAGAAUCGAAAUAGCUCGCUGCACAGAGGAUAUGUAGCGCCCCAAUCAGGUGCAUGCGGUAGCUUUCUUAAGUUGCACGCCACAUUCCACAGUCUGUCUAGUUUCAGGUAUAUUGUCUGGUACUAUAAAACAUUGGAAGAAUGAUCGUAGCGGCUAAAGGUG